AUGCCUCCAUUCCCAUUCCCUCUCCCAACAACCAGUCUCAUAUCGUACGCUAACCUUCUUCACGAUACAUCCCUGUCGUUUACGGCCGAGUUGGCAGAGGCUACAUCCGCUCGAACAACACUACAGCUCGCUCUGAAAGCAUUAGACGAAAAUAACCCCAGCGCCAGUGCCUUGUCAGUGGUGGAUGCGGUACAGGGCUAUCUGCCUUAUCUUCAAUCCAUCAUUCAUUCUCUCGACUCGGAUCUUCUCUUGCCCAAAUCCGAACUCUCAUUCACCUGGACACCGAGUCUGACCUCUUACCCACUCAAGACUCCAGCUUUGACCCUCCCUUCCAUUCACGCCGAGCAUCUCUUCGUGCUCCUUGUCUAUGCCCUUUCACUUUCAAACUAUGCCAAUUCCAUCCUCCGCUCACUACCAGUCUUUGAAUCUAUACAAGAUUCCAAAGGCAAGUCUAAAGCUGGAGGUGCUGCUCAAAGUGUCGUGGGACGACUCACAGCCGAGGACGAAAAGAAGAUCACGGUGGGCCUUGGAAGAGCAGUAGAUCUUCUUUGUCAAGCGAGUGGGAUAGCGACCUAUGUCGCGGAUAAGAUAUGCCCAGUGUUCGAGGGAGCCAAAAAAGGUGCGGGGAGGAAUGGCAAGCUCAAAUGGCCCGUCGAAACGGGUGCGGAGGCUUUCAGAGGUCUUGCCAUGGUGUUCCUCGCCGACGCACACGUCACUGCGAUACGUAAACUCCUCUUACCCGUUCUAACCCACUCUCUCUUCUCCCCACCUGGUCCUCCUCUGCCGUCCAAUCAUCCCUCACCAUCUCUCUUGGCUAAGCUAUACCUCCAUACUGCUUCCCUAUACGAGUCCGCCAGGGCAUUUUUCAAGGUCCGAGGGGGUGAAUCCUCAUCUAAUCGCAAGCUGUUCAGCCGGGACAAGAAAACUGGCGAUACGGAACCACACGAUACGACCGAGGGCGACCCAAUUCCGGAGCUUCAGAGGUACCUGCGUAAAGAGUCCCUGUUGGCUUCUGCUCUCGCUCGGAAAUGGUUAGGGGUUGAUGCUGGCGAGAACUCGAAGGAGCCCCAGACUGGGGAGGCCUUGGCUUGGGUGAAGGACGCUCAGAGUCGCUUGGAGGAGUUAGAGGAUUCAGCGGUGAGGGAGAAGAUGAAAGGCUUCAGUCUUAGCAGAGGAGGUGACAAGAAGAAGGAAGCGAGAAAGGCUAGAAAGGGUCGUGUGGAGAGAGAGCUGGAGGACGUCAGGGCAUGGAUAGCAAGCUAUCAGGCGUUGAACGACAAGGUCUCAUUUCAACCUGUCCCGCCAUCGUCUUCCCUGGUCGUUCCGUCAGGGAGGCAAGUCUUUAAUGCCAAAACGUUUGUGCCUCCUCCGAACAAGUUUGGGUCAACGUUCAAAGUGCCAUUGGAUGGAUCGACACCAGAUUCGGAAGGAGCACAGAAUGCCAGUCCCACCGAGGCUUACGCUGGUCAGGGCAACUACUUCUGA